UGGUGAUGAUCUGGAAAUAUCAGAGAAGUCAGUUGACGUUUGCAGUGAUAAUAGCAGCAAAAGUAUUAGCUUUCAGCCAAUGGAAGAUACCGAGGAUGUUGGAGAUGAUGGAAGUACUAAUGAAGUUUCUGAAGGAGCUCUUCCAGAUUCAGCUUUAAGAGACUAUGAAGCAGAUGUUGAAAAUGGCAUCACUGUGCAUGCUGCAUCAGCAUCUCUAGUGUGUAGAAAUUUCAAUCUAGAGGGAACCUGUCUUCGAUGCUUUAAAAGCAAAAGGGUGCGCUAUGAUUCUCCAGAACAGGAACUUUGCUCGUGCAGCCCUGGGAGUGAUGAUCUGGUGGGCAUUGCUACUUGCAAGGCCAGAAGUGAUCGUGGAGCUGCUGUGACCUUGGAAUCUACAGUGGAAUUUGCUUGUGGACAACCAUUGACCAAGAGGCAUGCAGAUUCUCAUACCGAUGGUGCCAAAAAACUGUGUAGCUUGUGCAGCAAAGAUGGAGAUCUCCUGUGUUGUGAGGGGAAAAGUUGCAUGAAUUGCUACCAUCUUUAUUGCCUAGAUCCCCCUCUUACUGAUGUUCCGCCUGGUAUUUGGCACUGCCCCCAGUGUGUAAAGAGAAAGCUUUUAUUUGGUGUACACUCCGUGUCGGAUGGAAUUGAGUCAGUUUGGGACGUCAGAGAACUGGAGGUUCCAAAUGUUAAAGGAGUUCAGCAGAAACAGUUUCUUGUUAAAUACCGUGGGCUUGCUCAUGUUCACAACCACUGGGUUCCAGAGAAACAACUGCUUCUUGAAAACCCCUGCCUUGUAUCCAACUUUCUUGAAAAGGAUCAGGUUGCCCAAUGGAAUGCAGACUGGAUGGUGCCACAUCGUUUAUUGGGGAAAAGACCUAUACAAGAUAAUGUUUAUGUAGCAUCUACUACUGAUAUUUGGGCGUGCGAAUAUGAGUGGCUUGUGAAAUGGCGUUGCCUUAAUUAUGACCAUGCUACAUGGGAGUUGGAUACUGCCAAUUUCCUAGUCUCAACCCUAGGUCAGGACCUUCGGAGGAACUAUGAGAUUCGUCGAGGGAGGGCUAAGAAAGAAGCUAAUAAGCCUUUCCCAGAAUCAAUUGUCAGAUAUUCUGAGUUUCCGGGUCACUUAGGAGAAACACACAUAUUGAAAAAUGUGAAUAAACUGCGUGAAUUCUUGUUCAAAUGCCCAAAUGCUGUUGUUUUUGAUGAUCAGAUUCAGGAACAAACAACGACUGCUAUUCUUUUAGUUCAUUCGAUGAUCGAAACGUUUUGGCCAGUCCUCAUUGUCACGCCCUGUGACUCACAGUCUCGAUGGGAAGCUAAUUUUGAACAACUGGUACCAUCUGUUGAUGUAGUUGUUUACAGUGGAAGCAGUGAUACAAGGAACAGGAUUAGAGCAUCAGAAUUUUAUGAUGAAGGAGGUCAAACGAUAGUCCAAGUACUCCUAUCAUCUGUGGAAGCUCUUUUAGAGGAUUUAGAGAUAUUGAAAAUCAUAAAAUGGAAAGCAAUUAUAUUUGAUGAGUACCAGCACUCACGGAUUGCAGAUGAGCAUGAACGAAUUAAGAUACUCUCAACAGACAUGAGAAUUCUCCUUGUUAGUGGUCCGCUAAAGGAUGUAACAUCUGACUACAUUAAAAUCCUAUCCUUGGUCGAAUCUGACAGUGAUUUUGACAAACUGAGGACCCUGAAGCCUGAGACAAAUGAUAACCUUAGUAAAUUGAAAGACAGAUUGUCCCGUUUUAUUGCGUAUGGACGACCUUCUCAAGUAUCUAAGUUCAUUGAGUACUGGGUCCCGGUUCAGAUGUCAAAUCUCCAGCUUGAACAUUAUUCUGAUACACUUCUUACCCACUCCAAUGCUCUUUGCUCUUAUUUAAGAAAGGACCCUUUUGGCGUCCUCCCAGAAAUUCUUCUAACGGUUCGAAAGUGCUGCCACCACCCUUAUCUUGUGGACACUUCUGUACAAGCGCGCUUGAUUGCUGACAAGCUUCCUGCUAAUGAGAUUUUGGAUAUUGGGAUAAAAGCAAGUGGCAAAUUGCAACUUCUUGAUGUGAUGCUCAAUGAGAUUAAGAGGCGAGGUUUACGAGUGCUAAUACUUUUUCAGCCGAUUGUCUUAGAACCGCUAACUUCUGGAAAUAUAUUGAGUGAUUCUGUAAACCGAAGAUUCGGUUUAAAUGCAUAUGAACGGGUUGAUGCUGCAAUGGCCCAUUUUGAUAAGCAAGCUGCCGUGAACCGGUUUAAUAAAAAGGAAGCUGGACAGUUUGUUUUUCUGUUAGAAAACCGUGCUUGCUCUUCAACCAUUAAACUUUCAUCAUUGGAUGUCGUUGUCAUAUAUGAUAGUGACUGGAAUCCGGCAAACGACUUGAAGGCGCUGAGAAAGAUAUCAAUUGAUUCAAAAGCUGAGCAGGUCAAAGUUUUUAGGUUAUAUUCUUCUUUCACUAUUGAAGAAAGAGCCCUAGUGCUUGCAAAGCAGAACGUAAAUCUUGAUCACAAUCCACAAAAUUUCAGUCGAAGCACAAGUAAUAAUCUGCUAUCCUGGGGUGCCACAAAUAUUUUCAGAAAGUUAGACGAAUAUCAUGCCAAUAGCAACUCUAGUCUGGCAUUAAACUUUUCGUUUGGACAGUCACUUUUGGAUGAAGUUACCAAGGAGUUUCAUGCCAUACUUUCUGAAAAAUUUGAAAAUAUUGACUCAAAUUUCGUCAUCUCAGAAGCUAAAUUAGAUGGUGGAAGCUAUAGCACAAAUAAUCUAAUGCUCGGCGAGUCAAAAGUUCAGUUGGAAGAUAGAGAAGUGCCUCAUGUGUUUUGGAAAAACUUGCUUGAAGGAAAAAAUCCACUGUGGAAACAUUUAAAAAGUCCUAGUCCACGGAAUCGUAAGAGAGUUCAUUACUGGGAAGGAUCUCCUAGCAAUCCAGAAGCUGAGAAAGAUAACAUGGCAAACAAACGUAGAAAGAUGGUGAAUGAAAGUUUGGGCCCAACCUCUUCUCAAGUUGAACCAGUGACAGCUCAAGCCACCAUAUCUGACAAUGGGUCUUCUGCAACCAAAUCCUGUAAUCAAUCUGAAAAUUUCCAUAGAGAUGGUCAGAGCUCAUUGUGUGCUGAGGUUGCUGUAAGUGGUGCUUCGAAGGAAGGAACCGAAUCAUGCGAUGACCAGCAAAGCAUCCAUGGUGUUCUGCUGAGAGAGAUGAAGACACUCUGCCAAAAUCUUAAACUUCCGGACAAUGUCAAUCAGGUGGCUGAAUUAUUUUUGGAAUAUGUGAUCAAGAAUCAUCAUGUCAGUAGCAGCCCAACAUCAAUUGUGCAGGCUUUUCAAAUUUCUUUGUGUUGGGUUGCAGCAUCUAUCACAAAACAAAAGGUUGAUAAGAAGGAAACACUCAUGUUGGCAAAACAGCUUCUGGACUAUCAAUGCACUGAAGAAGAAGCCAGCUCAGUUUAUUCAAAGAUGCGGUCUCUCAAGAGGUUGUAUUUGCAGUGCUCUGACAACAUUACACGCUUGAACAGAUAUUGCUUACUAUCUGAAGAAGAGUUCAGCAGGGGGACAUCAAAUGCUAAUGAGAGGGAGUUACACUGUUCAUCAUAUUUAGAGGAAAGUGCGGAACAGGAGAUUGGAGAAAAAUCUGCCAAUUCACAGCUGAAAGUGGGGCUGAAAGAUAAAGCUGGUGCUAGUGAAACAGAUAAUGAUGAGAUCAAGAAAAUAAAGAAAAAAUGUGAUAAGCGGAUGAAGAAACUUAUACAGGAACACCAACAGAAAAUCCAGGAGUUGAAACAAACCUGGGAGGAUAAAAGGGUAAAACUGGAGACAGACCACAAAUUGGAGUGCGCCUUUAUUCGGUCUAUACAUGGUCAAGCCUCUGCGGGAAUGGAUAAACUAAAACUUUUGAAUGAUAAAUUUAAGGAUAAAAUCAUAGAAAAUAAUUUCCUAAAAGAUUUGCAGCUGAAAAAUCUAGAGGCAAAGAAUUUAGCUGCUAUCAAUGAGGAGAGACAAAAGGCAGCUGAUUGGCUAGCCAAAGUAAAAGCUUACUCUAGUGAACUAAGGGUUAUUAAUGGUCAUCAGUCACUUGGUUCUCAAUCAGAUGAUGAUGCUGGUAACCCGAAGCCAAGUACAUGCAUCAAGGUUGGUGGUGAUGGGGAUAAGUGUGGGCAGCAUCUGGAGAACAACAACCCAAAUAAGAGUUUUUCAAGACAAUGCAGUGAUUUGAUUCCUUCCAUUUCAUCCACAGGCACACCAGUUGAAGCAGUGUGCAGCGAAACUCCUGUUAAAGAGUUGGUAACCAUUGAUUCAGAAGCUGAGCUUCUCGAUCAGUCAAAGAAUUCUGUAAAUAAUAGGCAGGCUAAUCCCAUGAAGCAACCUGCCCCUGUGGAGCAGGUUGCUGACGAGCAUCCACUAGUGUCUGAGACUGUUCCUAAUGAAACUAUGGGGCACGACCAGCCUGGUGAACUAAGUUGUCCAUUAGAGGAGGCGUCCAAUGAAGUAAGGAAAACUUCUCUGUCUGAUAAUUUGAUGAGACAGAGAAGUGAACCAGGGGUGGUAGCCAGCCAGUGUCUGCAAAGUUCAGGACAGCCAUCAUUGUGCACAGAGCAAACCACAGUUUCACAAGAAUGUCGUGACAUGUUGCCACAGAAUGACCCAGAUACACAAGGUGAAGAAAAUCGAAGUUCUCUGGAGAUUGAAAUAGCAGUUUCAGAACCCACUGACUCUGUGGCGCCUGUGCCGCCUUACUUGGAAUCACCUAUAACUGGUAAUAUUUUAACAACCAAGUCAUCCAACAAAGCUCCAGUAGAUGUGGGUUUUGGGCAGCUGCAUUCUUCAUCAGUUGAUACCUCUCUCAGCCAUAACCAAUCGCCUGCUACUGGACACAAUGACCGAGAAAGUAGCUCAUCGCAAACUGCAAGGCCUGAGGGAACUGAAGUUCUUUUGUCUGGAUCUACUCCUCAGACUGAAGAGAUUUUGGAAUUGCAUUCUGAUCGCCUGAAUGUAGGUCCUUCUAGUGUAGUUGCUAAUGAACAAAAUGCCGAAUUACCAGGAAGGCCUAUUCACGCUGUUCCGCAGAAUGAUAUGGCCGUACCUCAGGAGGUGUUGAGUACAUCACCACAGCAAAAUCAGAUUCUAAGGGAUAAUGAUGUGGCUUUUCCACAAGAAGUUGUGAGCACAUCAGGACGAAAUCAGGCUACUCCACAAGUGGACAUAGAUUCCGGCACUCUUCAUGGACCUGGGUCCCUUCUGAAUCCAACUCAUUAUCCUUCUUGGAACUCAUCUCCAUCUUCAUUACCCGACCCACUUCAAAUUGAGAUAGAGAGGAUCCAUAGAGAAGCUGAACAAUUGGAAAAACAUCAUGUGGAGACGAUUGCAAAGCUGAAAUUUGACUGCGAGAAGGAGACAGAGGAGAUGAUUUCUCAAAUACGUAAUAAAUAUGAGAUGAAAUGUAAGGAGAACGAAGCUGAAUUUAGAUUGAAAAAGGAUGAAAUUGACAAAAACAAGAAGAAAGUUGCUCUCAGUAAAAUGUUGGCCGCUGCUUUCAGAUUGAAGUGUUCGGAAAAGCCUUCUGGGCUGCCAAAUAUGCAGCAAGGUACACCCAGCUCCAUGCUGCCGCCUUCCGUCAGACCUUCCCUUGGAUUUUCAGCUUCCCAACCUGCCCGUACUCUACCGACCACAACUCCAGCUGUCCCACAGCUAGCACGGUCACAUCCUGUGAGACCUUCCCCUGUGGGCAUUCGUAAUGUUACGACCCAUCCUAUACAACUUGCAACAGCGCAUGUUUCAAGCCAUUCACCCAGACCACCCCCAGUCAUCAGUGCCAUCACUCCUGCAAGCCUCCGUGCAGCAGGUGGGGUUCGUUCUGCAGCUCCUCAUCUUCAACCAUGCAGACCACCCACUGUAGGUGCACCCAGUUCGGCUGACACCAGUUCACCAGCCCCUCAGCUGCGGCUACCCCAAGUAUCACCCAAGCCUGUGCAGCUACCUUCACAACCAGGGCCACUACAAAAUGCUUGGCGGAUGCCUUCACCAGGUUUGGUUGCUCAAAACAGUGAUGAGUUCCGAGGCCUGCCUCGUCCACCCCCCGGGUUUACACAACAAGUGUCAGUUGCAGAUCGUCAACCUUAUAUACCUCAGGCUCAGAAUGGUUAUCCAUCACUUGUUCUGGAGAGAAUGGAAAGUCCCAACACCAUCCACGUAUCUACAGACCAAGUCGCCAUACGAGCCUCUUCUUCUCGAAUUCCCAAUUAGGCUUGAAAUCAUGAAACAUGGUCUUGUUUCUUAUAUUCCAAAUGGACCACGAGACAACAUAGAACAUUGACAUCCACAUUUUCUUAUCAAACUGACGGAAUGAAGCCCCAUCCAAGAAAGAUAGCACAUUCUUGGUU